UGUACAGUCUACCUGUCAAAAGUUAAAAGCUGCGAUACGAGUUUAAAAAAAAAAGAAAAGAAAAAGAAUGAGAGAAAGAUGAAAUAGACGACGAGAAGUGAAAUUCGAAAGUGGGUCAAGGAUGAGGGAGGUUCCUUCGGUGGUAUUAUACGCACCAUGAUCGAUCUUUUUCUUUCAUUUAUGGUGAAACGCCAUCAACGUGUCAAAAUCAUCCAAUGAUCCAUUAUAAUCAAAUUUUUAUUCCGACAUUUUUUGUAUAUCGAUUUCGUCUCGUACGAAUGAUUCUUCCAUUAACGAAAUAGUCGCUCUAAUAUCGUACUAAUUAUUAUUCGAUAAAACGUCGUUUAAUAAUUGAUCGAGCGUUGAAUAUUGGUUAGCUUUGAAAUCAAAGAGUCGAUCCUUUCGACACAACGGAAUUAUUAUUCUCUUGUCGAUUGCACAACGAAAUGAGUUUCGUCCGUGCGAGUAAAUGGGACGGAGCAAAUAAUAGCGUGUAUUCGACCGAAAGCGAGAACUCGAAGAGAUUGAUAGUUGACAUCCGAUCGAGAUAAAUCAAUUUCCCCGUUAUUUACUCGAAUGUUCCACCGACUAAGGACCUAUCGCGAUCGUCGACGUUUGUUAACCUUUUCGAUUAUCGAUAGAUAUUCAUGCAUUAUGAAAGUCGCUUGUUUACGAGCCUCUAGAGCUUUGAUACUUCGUUAUCGUACUUCGAGGAUCGUUGCGUAAGAAAAAUCUGCACCUCUGGUAUGGUUUAAAAAUAUUCCGACUAGAAAGCAAUGGAUUUCAGGACCGUACGAAAAUUCUUCAUACGAUAGAAAACUCGUGGUAACGUUAGAAUGUGUAAAUACUUGCGUAUCGCGAGUGAAAUCGAUCGUACAACUUGCACGACGUACGUACUUUGAUCCGACUAAUACUCAUGAAGAGAUUAUCGAGAAGUUACUGGAGUCGAUCUGGAGUCAUCCCUCUCGUCAUAUCGUAACAUCGAAAUAAGAGGAAAUUUCGGGAAGCCAAAAGGAGGUUAAAAAUCUCGAGCGAACGAGAUUCGUGUCGCUUAUUUAUUCUGCACAAUACGUACUCUUUAUUGGAGCAGGGUCGUCGUUUGGUCGGGCUCCACCCAGAUCGCCUUAUUGGAAGAAUCGAAGGGCAAGAUAAUAUUCUGCGUAGGUACAGACCGGUGAUCAAGGUUCCUGCAAAUAAAGAUUGUUCUCGACGCGACGGGAAUCGAGUGAACGUACGUCGAUGAGAAGGACGUCGUUACACCUUGCACGACGCAGCCAAUGUCAGAUUUCAUUGGUACGAGGCAUAUAAAAGGUGGGCCAGUUCUACCAACGAGCAUCAUUCGAUAAGCAGCAGCGUUUCGAAGUUUCGAAGUGAACGAGAAGUCAGGAAGAACUUACGAAGAUGUUCAAGCUGGUAGCAUUCGUCGCACUCUUGGCUUGCGUCUCCGCAGCACCAGGAGGAUUGAUCGCACCGGUCGCAGCACCGGUCGUUGCGGCCGCACCAGCGGUUGCAGUGGCUCACACCAUCCCGGUGGCUACCAGCUACGCCAACACUUACAGAGCACCGGUGGUCAAAGCUGCACCGGUCGUAGCAGCCGCACCAGCCCUCGUAGCUGCACCGGCCCUCGUCAAAACCGCACCGGUCGUAGCGGCUGCUCCUGCCCUCGUCAAAACCGCACCCUUCGUCGCCGCGGCUCCGGUCGUCCACGCUGCCGCACCUCUCGUCCAUGCUGCUCCGGUUGUCGCUGCCCCGGCUCUGAUCAAAGCUGCACCCCUUGCUGUCAUCCACUCCGGCAUCACUCGCUCUCGAGCAACUCUCAAGCGGUUUAAAGUUGGAAUAGUCUCGACUAUCGAAGAAAAGGAAGAAACCAUGUACAAGCUCGCUGUACUCGUCGCCCUCAUUGGUUGCGUCGCUAGCGCACCAGCACCAGCACCAGAACCAGCACCAGGCUACCUCGCUCCAGCUCUCCAUGCCGCACCUUUGGUGGCUGCAGCCCCUGCAGUAGCAGUUGCCCAUUCCGUACCGGUCGCCACCAGCUACUCCAACACCUACAAGGUCUCGGUGAAGAGCCCGCUCGUAGCUGCCACCCCCGUCGUUGCGGCUCACGCAGCUCCUCUCGCCUAUGCAACCCCGCUCGUCAAAGCUGCUCCCGUCGUCGCGGCUGCGCCUGCUGUCGUCGCUCAUGCCGCACCCCUUACCUAUGCCGCCCACGCACCCCUCAAGGAUCGUCAACCUAUCGAAUCGAGAUCUCGAUACAACCUUGACUGGAUCCCGGACGUGAGCAACUAUCUUCGCUGUGCCUACGCAUACGUUUUCGGUCAACGACCCUUAUGUUUCAUAUGCUCGAUCUGUAGUAUAUAUCCAGACAGGGUGUUACUACUGAACAGACCUGUAUCCGAAGGUCUUUCGAAGAGCACGGAAGUCUUCUACUAUAUAAACCUUGGAGAACCUCAUCCGUGCAGAUCAGUCGCAGAUUCUCAAAGCGCAGCUGGAAAACGAAGAAGCUCCGACAUGUUCAAGCUGGUGGUCCUGUCCUGUCUGUUGGCCGUUGCGCUGGCGAAACCAAGCGAAAUCGCGCCAGCUAUCGUAGGAAAUCUUAUAUCCGAGAAGAGCAUCGAAUCCCACGGGAACAGCGUGGUUCACUCGGUCGCGCCGGUGGUUGCACCGGUGGUUGCACCAGCCAUUCCGCUGGUAAAAACUAUCGAACCGGUGUUACCGGUGACCAAGGCUGCAGCCGUCGUCGCUGAGAAAACAAUAGAGUCUCACGGACAUUCGAUCGUUCAUCAUUCAGCCCCGGCAGCAGCCGUUUCCUACUUAACACAGGCGACUCCUGUCGUUUCAGCAGCACCGCUCGCGAUAACUGAAAUCAAACAGUUGUCAGAGAAGUCUCAAAAGACGCAAGAGACUUUGGAGAAAUUGGAAUCCUCUCAGCAGAGCAAACAGUUACUCGAGAAGAUCGAGAACGUCGGUCGACAAGCGAUUAAUAACGAAGCUUCCAACGUUUCGCCGAAAGCAGCAGGAAUCGUUCAGGCUUCGGAAAGAACAGAGUCUCAAGAAAGGAACGAGUCCGAGAAGAGCAGACAACUUUCGGAGAAAAACGAAUCUUACGGACAACUCAUCCUUCAUCAGCAGCCUGCACCUGCGACUCUCUCUUACUUGGCAGCUACUCCCCUCGUUUCUGCUUUAACACCCGUAGCACCGAGCGUGAUCGCUCACACCUUGAAGACCGGCAACGUCGUCGAGAAAUCGGAAUCACUUCAGUCGAAGCAAUUGGCGGAGAAAUUGGAAGCUCUCGAGAAUAGCGCUAUUCAGGAGGCUGCACCUUUGCUACACGCGACGCUGCACGCCGCCCCAUUCGCCUACGCAGCCUCUGCCCCUGCUGCACAUCUUUAUUAUUAUUCUUAUCCUGCCGCUGUACUCGCUGAAAAAUCCAUCUCCAGUUAUGGCCAUAGCAUCGUUCAUGGCGCUUAAAUUAUCAUCAUCAAGGAUUCCCGUUAAAGCUGGAUAUCCUUCUCGUUCAUCGUUGACCCUACAUUUUUUAACGAUCACGAUAAAUUGACGAACGACACCCGCCAAUGCUCUCGUCAAAACUCCUUCUUUGGUUUGGACCUAGCUCGAACUGUCGAUCUCUACUCAAUCGGUGAUUCCUUCUUUUUAUUUUUCUUUAAACUCUCUUUAACUACUCUUAUCUUAUUUCCACCUCGCAGACGACGCAUUCUCCUCGCUCAUUAUUCCUUAGAUGCAUAGAAGCUGGAACAGAGUUCUCGAGUCCUUGCAUAUUUUCGAAUUCUCCGAGACAACGAGAAGCGUCCUCGUCUUCGAGGCCCCGUGUUUUAAAAAAUCUUUCAUUUCGGACGAGAUCUUUGUCACUCACACGACAAGAAACUGCCAAAAAACUGGCCGUCCGACUGCGACUCGAUCUGCUUUAUUUUUAAGUAUUAGCUUUAGGUACGAAACGUCGAUACUUUUGUGUACGAAAAGAAAAAAGUUAAGCAUUGUAUACGUACUACUUCAUGCUUUUAUGAUUAUUAUAUUUCAAU